AUGUUCGUUCUGCUAAGAUCUCAGGCAUUACGGCACCUUCCACGGCCAGCAACUUUUCGUAAAGUUCAUUCUACAGCUAACACAAGCAACGUGUUCCUUACUCGAAACAUGGCUACCGGUAAUUCUGCCAAGAUCACCGAUUGGGUGAACCCCGCAGACAAAUCAGGCGAGUUCAAGCGUCAGACAUCCGUCUUUCGCAACUGGAUCUCCAGGGAAGCCGGUGCCCAAUUCCCUCCUGAGAAGGGCCGCUACCAUCUUUAUGUCUCAUAUGCCUGUCCAUGGGCUCACCGGACUUUGAUCACUAGGAAGCUCAAGGGUCUUGAGGACUUCAUCUCAUUCUCAUCGGUGCACUGGCAUCUCGGAGAACAUGGUGAGAGCCAAUGCUACCAUAAUCCAGGCGACCAAAUGCUAAUUAACUCAGGCUGGCGGUUCGCUACUGCGGAUGAAAAGAUCCCCGGGGAGAACACCAUCCCCGAUCCUUUGCACCCGGACUUCACCCACAUUCGCCAGGUCUACUUCUCUAAUAACCCGGACUAUACCGGACGGUUCACAGUCCCCGUGUUGUUCGACAAGAAGACCAAGUUGAUUGUCAGCAACGAAAGCGCUGAGAUUAUCCGCAUGCUCUAUUCCGAGUUUGAUGAUCUCCUCCCAGAGCAAUUCAAGAAAGUGGACCUGUUCCCCAAGGCCCUGCAAGCUGAUAUCGAUGCUUCCAAUGAAUGGAUCUAUAAUGACGUCAACAACGGCGUGUACAAGUCCGGCUUUGCAACCACUCAGGAAGCCUACGAAAAGGCUGUCACUACACUCUUUGGCUCGCUCGACAAGGUUGAGGCUCAUCUUGCGAAGCAGCAAGCCGCCUCGAAGCCCUACUUCUUCGGCGAUGAGAUCACCGAGGCUGAUAUCAGACUGUUCACUACUAUCAUCCGCUUCGAUCCGGUCUACGUGCAGCACUUCAAGUGCAAUCUGCGUGAUAUCCGCUCCGGCUUCCCGGCCAUUCACCGUUGGGUCCGCAAGCUCUACUGGGAUGUUCCGGCUUUCCACGAUACUACUCAGUUCGAGCACAUUAAGUUCCAUUACACUAAGAGCCAUAAGCAGAUUAACCCAUACGGCAUCACUCCUCUUGGGCCUGUUCCUGAUGUCCUUCCCAAGGACCAGGAGGUGACCGCUGCACAGGCAGCCUAG